UUUAUUAUUCUUAUAAUUAUGGUACGACACAGUACGGCAAAUACCUACGAUCAAAUAAUCAAGCGUCUAUGUGACACUUCCACGUCAAAAACUAAAACAUGGAUUCUCAAGUUUUGGAACCAUCUUUGUACUCUGUAAAAGCCAUCAUGAUUUUAGAUAAUGAUGGAAACAGACUAAUGGCAAAGUACUUUGAUGAUCAAUUUCCAUCAGCAAAAGAACAGAAGACAUUCGAAAAGAACCUGUUCAAUAAAACACAUAGAGCAAACGCUGAAAUUAUCAUGUUUGAAGGAUUGACUUGUGUAUAUAGAAGUAAUGUAGAUCUCUUCUUUUAUGUUGUUGGCAGUACCAAUGAAAAUGAGCUUAUUCUAGCCAGUGUUCUGAAUGCAUUUUACGACUCUAUAUGUCAGAUAUUGAGAAGAAAUGUUGAAAAAAGAGCUUUGUUAGAAAAUAUGGAUGCUGGAUUCCUAGUUAUGGACGAAAUUUGUGAUGGAGGAAUUAUUUUGGAUUGUGACAGCUCCAGCAUUGUAUCUAAAGUUGCAAUAAAAACAGACGAUAUACCCAUUGGGGAACAAACAGUUUCACAGCAAUUGAAGUCCAAACUUGAGAUGCCUUUAAACCUAGGAAAGCAGGUAAGCCCAAAAUAGGCCCUACAUGUAUUG